UUGCAUGUGUGUUGUAUGUAGGGGCCAGUCGGGGGGCGGCGCGGCGCAGGCAAGGAGGGGGUCGCUCCUAAGCACACCAUCACCGACAUCAUGGCCAAGCCACCCCGUGGAGACAAGAUGGACCGUCGAGCAGCUGCCAUGGGGGGAAUGCUCCCCUUCUUCCCCGGCGCUGGGGACCCCAGUGAACAGGGGGCGAUGGCCCCAGACACUCUAACCCCGCACCAACCAUCCCCAGCUUUCAUGCGUGGGGAUGGACGGUAUCCCCCAUCCUCAGUGUGGCCCGCUGAUCCCUCUCAGCCUCAGCCAGGACAAUGGGGGGCAUUCCACCCCCCAAGCAUGGGUGCCACUCCUCACCUGCCCCACCAUCAGUACCCACAGCCCAUCUUCUCAUCGGGUGGUGCCCAAUACAGCAACGGCUACAGCGCCCAUCAGUUUGUGGGUCCCGACAGCUCGGCAGCUUCCCCAUACGUCCCCCAGGGGCACUUCUCUCCCCACACCAACCCCUCGUACAGCUCGGCUUCCUCAGCCUUCAUGCCUCCCCACGCCGCCGCCCCGGGAAACGGGGGUACGGGGAGCUCGACUCCCCUGACGGCUUCCUACCAGCCUGCUGAGUACCACCAGCAGCACAUGCAGCAGAUGCAGCAGCAGCAGCAGCAGCACAUGCAGCACCAACAUAUGCAGCAUGGGUCACUGCAGUCCCAACAACAACAGCAACAUCAGCAGCAACAGCAACAUCAGCAACAACAACAACAACAGCAGCAACAACAACAGCAACAAGAACAAGCUCUCAGCAACGGGGGGUCGUCUCUCACGUCGCCCCCUUCUUCUUCCCCAGGAGUUCAGUCUCGUCUCAAGAACAUGCUCAUGUCUCGACAGCAGCAAGCCUCAGGCGGAGGGGAGAUAGAAGGCUGCUCGUCUCACCCCACAUCCCCCUCCUCGCUGGGGGAGGUCCGUUUCUCGGGUAGCGUCGUGUCCACGGUGGCCACGACGGACGACACCUCAGCCAUGUUGCACGACACAGCGGCCAUGCAACAACAGCAGCAACAGCAACAACAACAGCAGCAGAAUUUUUUAGCCUUUAGGACUACAGAGAGCGUCGCGGACUCUGUAGUCCAACAUCCCACAUCCUCGUCCACAUCCUCCUCCUCCUCGUGCGUAUCCACCACCACUUCCCUGGCCCUCCACACCACCGCGACCUCAGAAUGCAGCAGCGACCCACCCUCGAGAGCGCCUCCCGACGGAGGCACCGAAGGAACGCCGCCCGACACCAGCAGCUCGGAUUUUCGGCGUGGCAGGGCCAGGAGCAGCACCAGUCCCAGUACGGACAGACGUGCGUGUGCUGACGGAGGCCAGCAACCCUCCUCCAGGCACCCCCUCGACACCCACGGCACCCAGGUGGUCCCUUCAUCACCUUUUGGUGGUUCUGGGGUACCUACCACCACCCCCGCCACUCCUGUUGGGGGUGCGGGUGGUGACGGUGCAUUAACACAUUCCGAGGGGCCUCCUGACCCUGCCUUCCCCACGCUGCAACAAAUGUCUGAAAGAACCCCAGGGCUUGGCGCUGAUAGAAACUCGGGGCUCGGGGCUGAUGGAACCCCAGGGCUUGGGGCUGACAGAACAGGACGCGAAAACAUUCCAGCGACACAACAGAUUCAGCAGCACCAACAGUAUCAACAGUCCUGCCAACAGCAGCUUCAGUGCCAUCAACCGCAUUAUAAUCAGCAGCAGAUGCCACCACAGCAGCAGCAGCACUGUCAACAACAGCUGCCUCAGUCGUCUCUGAUGUACAGCAAUCCUCAGCAAGAUUACGAGAGACGACAUCAGCUACAUAAGCAAUUCCAACAGCAACAACAACUUCAAUGGCAACAAAAGCAACUACAAAUACAGCAAGAACACGAUGCCAAAGUUUCACAAUUUGAAAAACUCUGGCCAAACUCGCAAUCACAACAACAGCAACAGCAUGAUACGUCUCAGCAACAAGCACAGCCUUGCCAACGGCAACAACAACAUGAAUCUCAGCAACAAUCACAGCCUUGCCAACGACAACAACAGCAACUUUCAACAUCAUGUUCACCCCAGAAACAGCUGUGCAAUGCUGAUAAUUUACAAACACCGGACGUGCCGUCAUCUGUGCAGCAACAGACACAACGCAUGCAGCAGCAGCAGCAGGAAUCAGCUGAGCAGCCACUAUCAAAUCCUAGAAAUUCGAUGAUGUCCAAUUUUUCAGCUCGGACUCCUAUGCAGCAGCUAGAUCAGAGCUCGUGUACCAAUUCGGCGGUUCAACAACACCUGGAAAACUACCAGAAAGCUAGGCUCCAGCAGCAGCAGCAGCAACAACAACAACAACAACUUUCACAGAAUCAACAGCCCGUGCUGCAACCAUCGCUCUCCCAACAACAGACUCUUCCCACUGAAAAGCCCACUCCUCCGCCCCCUCCUGCCGCCCCCAAACGCAAGUCCCGCUCCCGUAAACCCAAAGCCCAGCCCGCCCCACCGCCGGUAUCCCUGCCACAGCCCGUGUUCGGCCCCCCCAACACUGUGGUCACCUCCACCACCACGUGUUUAAGUCAGUCCCCAGCCUGUAGCACCAUGCCCCUCAUGCCACACCCCAAGUUUAGACCUCAUGCUGGCGUGCCCGGUGCUAUGAUGCCCCCCGGACCCCCUGGGCCUAACUUCCAUUGGCAGUAUCCUCACCCUCAGCAACACUUCAGCGACCGCUGUCCCCCUUUCCCCAGCCAGCGGAUGGCGUUCCAUCAACAGCAAUAUCCACGCAUGCAGUCCCCUGGCUUCGGCUACAGGAGCAUGCAGGGGCAACACCACAUGGACAUGACUUAUGAUCAACGCUAUCAACAUCAGCAAAUGUUUCACCAACAUCAGAUGCAUUUCCAUCAACAACAGCAACAGCUUUUCAGACAGCGACAGUUGCAAUCGCAGCAACAGAUGAUGCCUCCAAGAGCCCAGUUUCCUGAUUCCAUGUUGAUGGAGACAAAGCCUCUUGGCAUCGAGAGAUGCUACAAAGAUGACAUGAUGCAAUUUAAGAUGGAGACGAGAGACGAGGUUAUCAAGCACCCAUCGAUUAUGUCCGACGACCGUAAAAGCAUCGACAUGGACAGCCAUCAUCAUCUGAACGCUUGCAACGGCGGUGAGAUGAAACUAGAAUACUGUCGAAGACUGCCUAGCGAUGUGAAUAUAGCUGAGCGCAACUUAGGUCCCCAAUUUUUAGAUAGUGUUAAGAGUGAGGUACAAGAAAAGCCCAUCGAUACGUUAGCGAAGAUGGAAACUAUGUUCGGGUCUGACAUGUCCCACGAGUUACCAGAUAUUAGGAGAGGCUCUCGGGAAUCGUCACUAACUCCUAAGUACGACAUGAGUGACAGCGUUGCAAGAAGUUACAGUUCCGCUACCUCUAGUUACAGUGUGUCAGGCAAUUACAAUAACUACCCAAUAGCAAGUUAUGGCGGUAGUAUUGGUUCAAGUUCAUACGGUAGUUGUACGACCACAUCAAGUUUUUCGGGCAGUAAUAGCGUUUCAAGUUUUAAUGCCAUUACUUCUGUUAGCUGCUCCUCUGCGUCUGCAAGCUUGGCGGCGACUGACAACCCAUGCGAGCUGCAGCAAGGCACGUCCGGCAGUUACUGCAGUAACGAUAAUAAUAAUCGUAUAUAUUCAUCCGAAUGUAACAAUAGCGAAGGUAGAUUCGAAAGUUACAGCAGUGUUGCAAGUACUGUUAGUGAAUCGUGUGCCGGCAAUUUCAGCUGCAUCACCACUUCUAGUUCUUUCUUGAGUUUGCCUAGGGGAACCAAUUCUUAUUCUAGUUAUUGUUCUGAUUCUGAUAACUUUAAAAAUGAACACUCGCCUCACGGUUCGUCUCAGGUAGCUACUCCAAAUCCUGACGAUGCAUGUAACCAGCUGAGUCAGUUCAGCGACUCUAAGGAGGAAACUUCCCCCACUUCGAAUCUUCCCCCAGCAAGUCCUCACGAUCUGUUUCAUCGCGGCAACAGUCAAGUUUUUUCGAAUGCAGAUCAAGAGGGAACGGCAAGAAUUUCAGCAGAAUGUAAAACUAUGGAACCUUCUGGACCUUGUUUUAGCAUCAGUGAGGAUGUCAUGAACAGUCGAUCAUCGGAAGAUCAUGCAGAUAGGAUGGAUUGCUCCGACGCGUGUCAAUCUUCGGAAGACCAAGCUGAUGGAAUGGAUUGCUCCGACGCGUGUCAAUCUUCAGAAGACCAAGCUGAUAGAAUAGAUUGCUCUGACGCCUGUCAAUCUUCAGAAGAUCAUGCUGAUGGGAUUGAUUGUUCAGACGUAUGUCUCGAUGACUCGAACAAGUUGCGGGGAAGUUGUAGUGGAGGGGACACUAGUGAAAGUGGUAUAGGCAGUAGCAGUGUAACCACUGACAGCGACAGCAAUGUCCUUGGUGAUUCUUCUGGACCUGCUGACGAAGGCGAAGAUGAUGACGAGUAUAAAACUCUACCGAAAUGUGGACUUGAUUGCGAACUCAGAAAUGUACCUACCGACCUCGAUACCAACAUCGAUUGCCAUCUCCAAAAAGUUUCAGAAGCCUUCGAUGAAAUGAAUGAUAAAGAAUGCCCUGAUAUUGAUACAAGGUUCAACGAAAUUCCCCGAUUGCCAACACCUACAGAUGCCAAAUCAGAAGACGUGUCGUCAGAUGACGGAGGCUUUAGAGAUGAGGUUCUCCGGCCAUCGGAAGGUGACGCGGACGCAGUGGACUUCCCUUCAGUUGAUGGCGUUAUGAGGAACCCUGUCACGGACGAGAAAGGCAUUUCCGCGUCAAUUAGUACUCCUCCUGCAGCAGAAACAACCACUGAACAUUUCGACGAACCUUCUGAGAAACCUGAACAAGUUGUCCCUAUGAGCGAAAGUGCGCAACUUCCAUCUUUACAAACUUAUGCCGCUUCCAGUAGCCCUCAACAAUGUAAUUCCAAUGCAUCCAUAGAAAGUCCGGCUGAAGUACCUGAAGCCGAGGCUGCGUUUGUGAAGUCGUCUGACGAAGCGUGCAGCCUUCGCUCUGUCCCAGGCUCGUGUCAAGCUCUCUCACCUUUGCAUGAAUCGCUCCUUAAACAAGAACCUGCCGACGAAGACAUAAUAAAAAAAGAGUUGUUGAAGGAAGAAUGUGUCAUCAAGAAAGAAUCUGGCGAGCAAUCUACUGAGAUGAAAGUAGAUGUAUCCUGCAAUACAAACACCACCCAGAUAAAGAAAGAAGAGCAAGAUCACAGAGAUGAUCAAAAUCAAACUACGGAUGAUGACCACAGCAAUUCAUGUGGUUCAAAGCUCAGCCCAAAGCUCAUGGCCGAGAUUCCGGAUAUGAACAGCUGUGACCUCACGGCCGACGCUAUUAAAAAAGAACCCUCAGAACCAGCAGACGCUGCAACCGUGACAGCUGAGGCUACAUCUGUGUCGUCCGAAGUUACAUCUGUACCAACCGAAGUUACAUCUGUGUCAGCCGAAAUUACAUCUGUGCCAGCCGAAGUUACAUCUGAGCCAGUCGAAGUUACAUCUGAGCCAGCCGAAGUUACAUCUGUGUCAGCCGAAGUUACGUCAGUGCCACCUGAGUCUACAUUCGAGCAAGCUGAGGCUAUAUCUGUGCCAUCUGAAGCUACAUCCAUGCUAGCUGAAUCGUCAUCUAACUUGGCUGAGGCUACGUCUGACACAGCUGAGGCGAAAUCUGAACCUGUGGAGGCUACAUCAGACCCAGACGAGACUACAUCGGCCCCAGCAGAAGUCAAACCUGACCCAACUGAGGCAGCAUCCCCGUCGGUUGCGGCUACAUCGGUGUCAACUGCAGCUACAUAUGCACCACAUGAAGCUACAUUCGGACCGACUGAAGCUACACCUUCCAGUGGAGGCGCUGAGGAGAGCCCCCUCGCUGCCCCGAGUAGCGACGCUGGGGGCGCAUCCCCGAAUCUGGAUGAGCGCCUGCGGUGCGACGAAGAGAAGCUGCACAAGGAUAAGAUCCGCCUUAACGAGCUGCUGGUGCCGCAGUGCACGUGUCUCGUGCCUCCAGGUACGCCGGACUGCGGGCCGGUCUACAGCCACCUGGGCUGCGGGCGUACGCUGCACGACAUACGCCACGCGCUGCACUGCAGCACAGGCUACGCCGCUCGCCACAUACGCAUGGAGAAAGUCGUCUACACGGGCAGGGAGGGCAAGACUGACGCCGGCUGCCCCAUGGCGAAAUGGAUCAUCCGGCGUGGUGGUGAGGAGGAGAAGGUGCUGGCGGUGGUGAAGCGUCGUCUGCAUCACUCGUGCCCCGCCACGUGGAUCGUGGUGGCGCUGGUCGCGUGGGAGGGCGUCCACGCGGGCGUGGCUGACAACCUCUACAGCAGCCUCGUGUACAAGCUCAACGCCUUCGCCAGCCCUACGGAACGCAGGUGCGGCAGUAACGACGAGCGCACCUGCAUCUGCCAAGGUUUGGACAGUCAACGCAGCGGUGCAUCGUUCAGCUUCGGCUGUUCCUGGUCCAUGUAUUACAACACGUGCAAGUUUGCGCGGUCCAAGCACACCAGGAAGUUCAAACUUUCCGACGACGCUCAGGAGUGUGAGUUGGAGCACCAACUCCAAGACCUCAGCACCCGCCUGGCGCCCGUGUACCGCAGCAUGGCGCCCGCGUCCUACAAGAACCAGACGGCCAUGGAGGAGGACAGCCUCGAGUGCAGGCUCGGCAAGCUCCCUGGGCGCCCCUGGACGGGUGUCACCGCCUGCAUGGACUUCUGUGCGCACAGCCACAAGGACUUCCACAACAUGAACAACGGCUGCACGGUCGUGGUGACGCUCACCAAGCACCGGGGGCUGGGCAAGCCUGAGGACGAGCAGCUGCACGUGCUGCCGCUCUACAGGCUCGACGCGACGCCCAGCUCUGAGGACGGCGAGACGCAGGAAGAGAUCGACAAGAGGAAGCAGUCUGGCGCUCUGGAGAUACUCAACAAGUACCCGUGUGAACUGCGGCUGCGGAGGGAACCUAUGUUAUCCUGCAGGGCGCGGACGCUCCUGGCCCGCGGGAUCAACCCCAACCGAGGUCGCGGAAGGAGGGGAAGAGGCUCCCGUGGGGGACGGGUGAGCAGAGGCAAGAGAGGAUCUUCUUCUCUAGGAUAUUCUGACGGUUCCGAACCGUCCAUCGCUGCCAUGAUGGCCAUGAGUCCUGGCGUGGACAUGAGAGGCGGCUACCCCAACCCAGCUAUGCGGCCUAAGGCAGUCAUGCCAGGCUCUAGCCCAGCUUAUUUAGACGCGAAGAGGGGCGCCAUGUACCACAGCAUGGCUGACGAUAAGAAGUCCGAUCAUAAACUGGCCAAGUCUGACAAUAAGCGUGGAGUUGGACUCAUGGAUAACAUGGAUGCUCCAUUUUCGCCCAAGAGUCCACAAGAUUCUGACUCGAAGAGGUCGCUUUCACCCUCUUCUGCCGACAUGGACCUCAUCAUGAACGGCGUGGACUUCAACGACUCGGAUUAUUCUUGGUUGAUGGACAUAGGAGCUGCGGAUAUGGCCACUGACUCCGACAACACGCUGAACGAUAGCUUCGACUUGUUUGGAGGCGCGGCCGAAGGUGGCAAGAUGGACUUUGCGUCGAUAGCGAAUCAAAUUAUGAGUGAGAGUGGCGAAGACAUUUGCGAGAGCGGCGAGGAAAUGCCGCCUACUCCACACAACAGCAUGCCGCCCCCGCCAUCGCCAGCUCCGAAAUUACCAUCAUCUCCUCUCUCGUGCCCUUCUCCUUUCUCCAUCCCCUGCCUAACUCCUCAAAUGACUCCAACAUCCCCGUGCUCCAUUCCAUCUCCCCUUGCAUCCCCAGCUCAUAUCUCACAUUCUGGUGGUUCAAUUUUUAACCAAGGGUCUUCCAAGGUCUCAUCUGAUCCAACUUCAACACACAAGUUAGGACCUACUGAGUUUUUACAAAGCCCUUCUGUUAGCAAUCUUCCCGCGACGAGCUCUAGCAGUAAGACCGUCACCACUCCAGAAUCUCAGCUAGCGCAUACUGCGACUUCUUCAAAUAACGAUUUUCCCAAACAUGGCAGUCCCAGUGAGUGCUUUGAACAAUCUUCUAAUGAUUCAAAUGCUCCUAAAGCUGCAAAUUCGGAACAUUUAACCAGUCCAGGCACGUUUAUUGGCAAUGAAGAAGCUAGUGGUUCUCGAGCUAGAAAUAUUUUAUCGGCUGAAGACAACGUAAAAUCUUCUCCAGAAUCAAUUGUGGACGGCAGCAAUGCUGUUGGUUGUGAUGGCUAUGUCAGAAGUCCAGACAAUAUAUGCACUAAUAAUUUGAGCCGUUCUGCUAGUCCCAACACUGACAGUGGCGUGUGCAGCAGCCACAGUGCCAGCGCUGUCACCCCAGCAGACCCCUGUGACAGCAUCGCCAGUCCCAGCAGCCAGGAUGAGGGCAGUGGCGGGACGCCCACUGCAAUGGAUUCAUCUUGUAAAGCAACGCCUCCGAGACCUCACUCAACCGACAUCAAGGGCAGAGUUGUCGAAACCUACGAAUUUAGGUCCACGGACGUAGGGUACGAGAAUCCAGAGUCGUCCCUUGCCAGACCAACGUCGCGAUCCAUGGAUGGCUCUUCUCCGAACAAAGCUGACGGCGCCUCAGAAGGUGAUGAUAAACGAGAGCGUGAUUCUCUGGCUGCUUGUAAUCAGACCAUGCCUUCGCCAGCCAGGUCUCGCAGCAGCCCUGCAGCCCAACUGAACCGGUCAUUGAUAAACUCUCGAGAUAAUGGUCUCCAUUUUGCGAAUGGCCGAAAUUCUUCCUUUCAAUCUCCUAGCCGAAAUGAUUUUCACAAGGAGCCUCUGUACAAUCCUCAUGCUCAGUUAUCAGAAGAUCCAAGUCGAAGUGUUUAUUCUCCCGCUUCUUCUUUUGCUUCAAGUUCCUCGUCUGGUGCGUACUUCAUGGCGGGACGAAGUACCCCUAUAGACGUAUACGCCACGGUCCCUGGUACAGAAAUGGACGCAGAAUGCAAGUGGCCAAGCUCUUCCGGCAGCCUCUUCAGUAAACCCAAUCGAGGAGGUAGAGGAGGCGCUGCCAAAAACAAUCGAUCCAAGCACCUGGUAUCUUCGUCCAUUAGCUCAAUUCAAAACACGAUUGAGUACGUUAUCAUGAAGACUAAACAAGGAGGAAGUUUCGACUUGGAGUCCAGCAAAAACUUGAAACCAAAACCCAUGGCAAUGAAGCCUAACGUGGGGCAAAUGCUGCCUAACGCACAGCAACAAAGCCGAAAAAGGCCAGCCAAUUUCGGUUUAUCCAACUUGCCUGGUAUGGUCGAGAGAAAUAAAGCUUGCACCAUGACAAAUCCGAGCAUCGCAUUGCCUUCUGGCAAUCCUCGAACUCAACACAUUCCAGCCUACGACCCUUCCAGCGACCCUGGGCAGAAGCCUUUCCUCUGUCAGAAACCAUACAUGAGAUCGCCUAGAGAAGUCCCCUUCAGUAACACCGCCUAUCAACAAAAUUAUCACUCCAGCCCCAUUAGCGGCAUUAACGAUUUCCGCCGCAAUGCUUGCAAUAACGAAGAAAGUAAUUAUUACCCUGCAGGCUACGACAUGAAUGUCAACUGUCAUUCGAGAAGCAGCAUGAAAAACGGCCCUCCCAGUCCCCAGUCCACUAUAAUCAAAUAUAGCGACAACUUGGCCAGCUUUGCUGACCCCUCAAUAGGAGGCGUCGCCAUCGCUCUCUCUCACGGCUCCGUCCUCUUCGAGUGCGCCAAGCACGAGCUGCACUCGACAACGGCCCUCAAGUGUCCCGACAGACGCGACCCGAAAAGAAUCAGUUUAGUUUUUUAUCAGCACAAGAAUCUUAUUUAUCGUAAUCACGGAGCCCAAGAAUUCGAGGCGAGAAUGGAAAGGAAAAAGGCUGAAAUGGAUAGACUUAUUAAAGAGGGUAAAAUUGAACCAUCCCCGAGGAAACGGAAGCAGAUGAUCAAAGAGGGAUUCGUGUUCCCCAACAUGGCUGACGGCAAGGAGGGGACUGGGGAGUCCGCUGACGAGGCUACGGGGAAGACCAGCAGUGGAGAUGGUUGGACAACAGGAGGAAACGCUAAUAAAAGGGUCAAACACGAGCCCCCUGCCCCAGCUACCUCACGGGACGACGGUGAAAAGCAGCAAGGUUGCCAUCAAAUGCAACAACCGAGACAUUUGCUAUCUCCUCGCGCUCACAAUUCGCCCUCCCAUCAUCUUCAGCAGUGCUCUCCACAUCCUUUACAAAGCCCUUGCUCUCAGCUCUCUCCACAUCCUUCGCCACUAUCCCAAUUAUCUCCUCACUCUUUAAAAUCCCCAUACCCUCAACCGUCACCUCAUCUCCUAUCCCCGCACGCCCAACAGUCCCCUGCUGCUUCAUCCCUUCCUCUUCCGUCUCCAAGUCCACAACAUAUUUCUGGCGGACAAUUACCGUUCUCUCAGUCGUCACAUUUAUACCACGCAGGCGUAGGACAAUCUUCGCAUCCUAACCAGUCUCCAAGUCAUCACGGUGUGCUACCACAUUCCAUCCCCAACCAGUCCCCUCAUCCAUACAACUCACCACGGCCUUCGCCAGUUCCACAUUCACAAUCUCAAGGUUCCCCAAGCUCUCCUCAUCCUUUGAGUCACGAUAUUUCUAAAGCAACCAAUGCCUUCUCCCCUAAGAACCAAAAUCUGGGCUACCACAGCGAGAUGAACGUCCAGUCAUCGAACUUCCUGAAGAGUAGCCCAUAUGUGGGCAGCAAUCGACCGUUCAGCCCCAGCAGCAUUAGUGGGAGCAGCUCGAGUGUGGGGAGUUUAUCUGUCAACGAAUCCAGCCCUGCAGUGAGCAGUUACUCGUUGCUGGUCCUUCGAGCGGUUCAAGUUUACCAGGCGGUGCCCCCAGCAGCUUCUCCAAUAGCGGCAGUAACCACAACAACCCUGUGUAUCCUGUGGGCUCGUUUGGCCUCACUCCUCCCUACAGCCCAGGACCUCACCACUCGCCCCUACCGCUACACCCUUCCCACCAAACCGCUAUGUCCUCCCACGCACCCUACCAGUCACCCUUGCCUUCCCACAUGUCACCCCGACUCUCCGACCCUUCGAGACCUCGCACUCCUCCCGUGCACCCCACACCGUCUUGGUGUCCUCAGAGGCCCAGCGCCCACGUUGCGGGUCCUUACGCCCCCUGGCACGGAGGGUGACGGGCGCCGUUGUUUUAAAACAACCUCGUGUGUCGUAGGCUGUACAUAA